AUGCCAGGACGCACCUCCACUAGACAAUCCUGCCUCGCUCGAGCAGCACAGCAGCAGCAACCCGGCAUCCAGAGUUUUGCAAGAGCGAUCAAACCCGGUGUGUUGACCCGGCAGUCUCUAGUCGAUGGAAAGAAGGGCCCUGCAACAACGACAACAUUACCAACAAAAGGCAGUCUCCCUGUUUCGCCGGCCAAGAAACGGAAACUGCACGAGCUGCAAAAUGUCGACUGCGGUGGCGUUCAGGAUCGAGAUCAGGGCAGCUUGACGCCCUCGAAGUCGCUGCGGUUUAGUACUUUGUCUGUGUCGACACCGCGGAGUGGGCACUAUGCGUCGACUUCUGUGCGCUCCGUGAGGAACGAGGAAGAGGAGGAGGCCAAGACGACACCACGGAUUUCCUCGCAAAAGUCCCAGACUCUCGCCGCCCCCGUCUCUGUUACACGCCCAGCUUGUGUGGAGGAAUUGCUCGAUUUACACCUGGCAUUUUUAAAAGCGUUGACGAUUCACGCUGCGCACCGUGGUGCCGCAGCCCCGGCAGACUUGCGAGAGUUUCUACACAGUGUCGAGCGGCUAUGGAAGAAGCGGAAGGUGGUGGGUAAGGACCUUCAGCGUCUGAUCUGGGUCUGGGGAAAGGGGUGUGCGACUGCGUCGUCUGGGUUCCGACUUGCGAAUCAUGGACUGGGCCGCGUGUGUUUGGAACGGAUUGGAGGACGAACGGAGCCGGUUGACGAGGUGGAACUGCAGACGCAGUUCGAGAAGACAGUCGAUCUGCUCUGGGCGAGGGCGUUGGCUUCGGCUGGUGGUGAGGAGAGCGGUGUCGAUUUUUUGGCGACGCUCGGACUUGCUUCGAUCCAUGAGUCAUUGACGCCCUUGACGGAGUUCCGGAAGGGUCAGCAGCGCUUGCAAGAUCUGAAGGGCGGGGUUAUUAAGCUGAAGAUGGAUCAGCUUCGGGCGGAGGCCGUGGAUGGUGAUUCUGCAGCGCCUGCGACGAAAGCCCGGGAUGAGCCUGCUUCUCGUCGGCUGGGACUUUUGGAUCGCAUUAAGAAUAAGCAGCUCCGCCAGGCGAAGUUGCCGCCCCCGCCGUCCAAGGAGAUGCUGCUUCGUCGUGCUGCGGCCGAGCGUAUUGAAGAGGUUACCGGUGUGCUGGCCCUGCUGAGGCCAUCCGGAUACGUUGGCAGUGGGCCUCUGGCUCGCAUGGCCGUGCAACGGACUCCAUUCUGUCUGGAGACCAUUGUCCAGAACGUGCAGGAUUCCACACGCAACCCUAUUUCUGAUAAAGAGGUGGAAGCCUGUAUCGAGAUACUCUCUCGCGAGGACAUUGCUGGGCACUGGGUCGGCAUCGUUAAUGUCAACCAGCUCAAGUCCGUCGUUUUGAAAUCCUGUCGCGACGUGCAACCGAAAGAGAUUGGGGCCAAGGUGUCCCAGUUGAAGAUUGGAUGGGAAGAAUCUGCUUCCAAAUAAUGUUUUGGUUUUACUCGGGUCUCGUCGCAUAUUUCUAUUCUCUUUCUUACGGCUCCUGGAUGUCUUCGCUUGUUUGAUUUGAUACCCCGUCUGGCGGGUUGGCGCAUGUAUCCUCAGCGUUCCAGUGAUUGAAUUGUAUGGUGGCAUUAGCGUUGCAUCUCUAUCUCUGUAUGACAAUAUAUGUUACUAGGUAAUUAAUGAAUCCGUCUUGAGCUGC